AUGAGAGCGGAAGUCGCAAGCCUAAUGCCGGGAAUGGACUUAACUGUGGCGACUCGUCUCACACCAAGCCCACGAGACAUGAGCCCUGCACUCGCUAUAGCUCUUCCAAUGAUGAAAUCAGUCAACAUUGUCCCUGUACAGUGCUUUGAUAAUAUGGGAUACACAGAAAAACCUGAUGAAAAUAAAGAAAAAAACAAAUCUAACCGACAAGAGUCUUUAGAAAGCGACAAUACCGUUAAAACUAAUAAUUACAAUAAUAAGCAAUUCAUAGAUAAACUUGAAGAUAAGACGGACGCAAGGACGCCUUUGCUUAGAGAUCACAAAAUUGAAUCCCUAGAUGAAACUAAGUUACGAGAUACUAAAGUUGAAAAACGGAAAUCAUCAGCGUCUACA